AUGGCCCCGAAAAAGGACACCGCGAAGCGCCCGCGCGGGGCGACCCCGGCGAAGGACCCCCAACCGAAAGUCCGCCGAUCGACCGCGGCGGUGAUUGGGAAUCGCACGGAGGGGCCGCUGACGCGAUCCCCCGCCGUUCUCGCCAGCCUCAACGAAUCCAAAACGGAGGCGGCGAUUUGGCAGGGCCUGCGGCCUUUUGUCCGGCGAACGGCAGCGGACGCCUUCGAUGGGGCGGCGAUGUUGAAGUUCGGGACGUGGAAUGUGGCCGGGCUUCGCGGGCUUUUGCGCAAAAACGAGUCCGCCCUGAGCGAUUUACUCCAGAAGGAGCGGUUUGAUGUUUUCUGCCUGCAGGAGACGAAACUGAACGCCGGGGAUGCGCAAAACGCGGGGUUGGGCGAGGUGGCGGGCUACACCUUUGUGGACCACCCCUGCCAGGUGAAGAACGGCUAUUCCGGCACCCGGACGUACUUCAAAACGGCCUGCGUGGGGGACGGCUGGCGGGCCCAACACACCCGGGGGUUUAACCUCAAGAACGAAGACGAUCCCACCGACAAGGCGGACGGGGAGGGGCGGGUCUUGACGACGUGGCUUUCGCGGGCCGCGGCGGGGCCGACGCUCGCGGUGGUCAACACCUACAUCCCCAAUAGCGGGAUGAAGUUGGACCGGCUGACCUACCGCGUCGGGGCGUUUGAUCUUAAAAUCCGAGAGUACCUGCAGGCGGUGGAUGCGCGUUGUCUGGCGAACGCGCGUUCCACCACCGCGGAGGCGAACGACGCGGGGUUUAUCUGGACCGGGGAUUUAAACGUCGCGCAGUGCGAUUUCGAUCGUUUUUUUGCCGGCAAUUGGAAGACCAUGCAGCAGUGCGCGUGCUUUACGCCGGAGGAGCGGUGGUCUUUCCGGGAUACCCUUCGCGAGACCCAAUCCGUGGAUGUCUUUCGCCAUUUAUACCCCGACGCCGCGCCGGUGUAUACGUUUUGGUCGAUGCGGUUUAACGGGCGAAGUCGGGGGAUGGGGUGGCGUUUGGAUUAUUUCGUCCUCCCCGAACGAUUAGCGCGGCGGGUGGUGGAUUGCUUUGCCAUGCCGGAAGUUAUGGGAAGCGAUCAUUGCCCUGUUCAGCUGUGGUUAAAAAAACAAUGA